AUGUCUUCUUCUAAGGAAUUACCGAAAGGUAAACCUGAAGUGAAAACCGCUUCACCAGCCGGAAAGCUUUUUACAUCUAUAAGGGAGCUCUCGUCGCACCUCAAGUUCUCAUAUUCGAAGCCGACGAUAGACAAUCUCGUUUUCAAACUGCACUACAAGGUGACGGUGGCCAUUCUGCUGGCCUCCAUGUUCCUGGUCUGCGCGAGGGAGUACUUCGGCUCCAAUAUCGAGUGCACAUCAGACAAGGGAGUUCCAGAUAAGGUCAUUAAGACCUACUGCUUCUUUGUGGGUACAUUAACUAUCGUCCGGCAUUAUAACGAAAGCCUGCUGCAGUCGGGGUUCCUACCGCACCCCGGUGUCGGCCCGAUAUCGGAGACUGACCAGGUUUCGCAUCAUAAAUAUUACCUGUGGGUGCCGUUCGUGUUGGUCUUUCAAAGCAUCUGCUUUUAUAUUCCACAUUACUAUUGGAAACUCAAUGAAGGAGGCAGAAUAAAAGCUCUAGUGGACGGACUGCAGUACUCCGCCUUGGCUCUUGGAGACAACGAUAUGAAGUUAGGUGAGAGAGAGGUGCCAUCCAAAAUGACCCUCGACAAAAAGAUCAACCUUAUCAAGGAAGACAUCAUAUUGCGAUUGAGGUUAUCCCGCACGUGGUCGACGUGGCUCGUGGCGAUGGAAGUGGUGAACUUGCUAAAUGUAACCUUCCAGAUCUGGUUAAUCAAUGAAUUCCUCAACGGCCACUUCUAUGACCUCGGCCUCAAGGUGCUGGAGUUCAGGAACUGGAACAACAUCGCCGAUCCCUUGGAGACUGUGUUUCCGAAGGUAACAAAAUGCAUAUUCCACAAGUAUGGUCCGAGCGGGUCCAUCCAGCAGCACGACGCGUUGUGCGUGAUGGCACUCAACAUCAUCCACGAGAAGAUCUAUACCACUCUCUGGUUCUGGCUUCUUUUCCUCUUCACUGCAUCGUUAUUGGCCGUGAUCUGGCGAGCGGUGUCGUUCUUCCUGUAUCGCCGUUCCUACCGCUUCAGCUUCAUGGGGUUCCACAGCGCGGGAAACUUAGGUUUCAACAACGUGAUCCGCGUUAUCCACGGCACCCAGUUCGCCGACUGGCUGUUCCUCAAUUACCUUGGCAAUAACAUGAAGUCAGUCGUGUUCGAGCAACUGUUCACGGCAUUGGCUGAGGAGUUGGGGAAUAAAGAGUUGAUGUUGGACUACCAAGGACGCGAGCAGAAAGGUGCAGAGCCCGUGCUUGUGGGACAUGUGUACUUCGAUGACGAAACAUUACCACUUCAACAGGAUAAGAAGGAUUCAUAG